ACUAUCAAUACUCUGGUAAACACUGUGCAGAUCGUUAAUUUGCACAUGAAGACAGACAAGCAGAGCAGAGCAUCUAAGAAGAUAUGGCCACAGCCGGCAGUUUCUUGUCUGAAGAUCAGUUCCUGUGCUCCAUCUGUCUGGAUGUUUUCACAGAGCCUGUUUCAAUUCCAUGUGGACACAACUUCUGCAAGGCCUGUCUCAGCAGGCACUGGGAGGGCAAAGAGCAGUGUCAGUGCCCGAUGUGCAAAGAGGAGUUCCACAAAGGGUUCAAGCUGCGUGUCAACACUGGAUACAGGGACGUCGUGGAGAAUUUUAAGGAACACCAUGCAAAAGCUGACAAUAAUUCCCUUGUCAAACCAGGACAGGUGCCCUGUGACUGCUGCCUCGGCAACAAGUUCAAAGCCUCUAAGACCUGCCUGGUGUGCCUGACUUCAUACUGCGAGACACACCUUGAGCCUCAUCUGAGAGUUGCAGCCUUAAAGAGACACAAACUGACUGAUCCUGUGCAUAACCUGGAGGAUCAAAUAUGCAAGAAACACAACAGGUUGUUGGAGCUCUUCUGCAGGUACGACCAGACAUGUGUUUGUGUCCAGUGUACAGAACAUAGCAGUCAUGACACGGUCCCUUUAGAGAAAGCAUACGUAGACAAGAAGGCUCACAUGGGGAAGAAAAAGGCGGAAGUACAGCAAAAUAAAAAUAAGCGUGGAAAGAGGGCUCAGAAGAAGAAAGUGCCAGUGCAGACCAUGAGCAAAGAUGUGGUGGCAAACAGUGUGGUGUCCAAUCAAAUGCAAGGUCCUCCGAGGUGGUGGAUUCCAAACCAAUUCCACAGAUUUGGCUAUUUUUCUAGAAACAGUGGAGGGAGAUUCUACCAUGAGGUUCCAGCCCUAUGGAGCACCAGUUUAGAUUCAGAGCCGUUGCGUGGAGUCAGCACAUUUAUACCUGACCCCGGGAGUGAAAACUGGGUCAUAAGGUUGGGAACUGGCUCCAAGUGCAAGAGACCUAAUAUCCCAAUCCACCUCUUCUCGAUAUGCAUAUCUGAGCGAGUCAUGGCGGUUGUGGACUAUGAUGAAGGACUGGUGUCUUUCUUUCAUGCAGACACUGCAGAACCAAUCGUUUCUUAUACAGGCUGCAAAUUCAAUGAGAUGAUUUACAUGUUUUACCAUCCUACUCCUACACUGUUCGACAGGUGGGAACUGUGGCUACGAAAUAAGUUUGAAAAGAUAAAAGAAUGGUCACAAAGUCCAGAAGCCUUGAUCUGCUUUGUUUUUUUCUACUUUGCUCUGUGUUGGAUGUGGCCAAAUUAAAAACCACAACAGUCUUUAUGAGGGCAGAGCUGAAACAGAUUGUGAUGACAUUUGAAACUAGUAAAACCUGAUGGCCACUUCCUGGAUACUUUGCAUACCAAUCUGCAGGUUGAGCUCAGUUCAACUGGAAAUAAUUACUUUCUUUGUUUGUAAAACCUUUUUGAUAUUUGCUCAAGAUGAAGCUGCAUGUUUAUUUUUUAUCCAUAUUUUGUCAUAUAUUUUUGUAAUUAUGUAUUUGAUAAAAAAAAAAAAAGAAGCCUGUUAAAAUCUUGACAUUAUAAAAACAUGUUUGAGGUGUGGAUGAACUUGUAGAUGUAGGGAUUGUAUUUCUGUCACUUUAUCACAUGUUACAAACUGAUUGAGGUUCAUGUACAGUGAGUCUGUCAAUUACAGUGUUAAGUUGUAAUCAUGACUUUGAAUGCUUGUCAUUAUCAUUUGGUGUUGAAUUAUCAGUAUUUGAUGCACAAAAUGAAUUUACAUAAAGUUUA